AUAGUGUUGUACCACACAUUAGUAAACAUCCGCAGGAGUUCGCGCACACCCUCCUCCAUGUUAAUUCAAUUGAUAAGUGGGUUUUAUUUUAAUUAAAGCGUCAUGAGCCUUUUCCUCCCUAAACUGUCGAGUAAAAAAGACAUUGAUGAGGCGAUUAAGAGUGUCGCUGAGAAGGUUCUCGUGCUGCGCUUCGGCAGAGAUGAAGAUUCGGUGUGUCUGCAGAUCGACGAGAUCCUGUCAAAGACGGCUCAUGAUCUGAGUAAUAUGGCCAGUAUUUAUCUGGUGGAUGUCGACUCAGCUCCAGUUUACAGCAGAUACUUUGACAUCAGCUUUAUUCCCUCCACCGUGUUCUUCUUCAACGGACAGCACAUGAAAGUGGAUUAUGGAUCUCCAGAUCACACCAAGUUUGUGGGAAGCUUCAAAAGCAAGCAAGACUUCAUGGAUCUGAUUGAAGUGAUUUAUCGAGGAGCCAUGAGGGGAAAACUGAUCGUCCAGAGCCCGAUCGACCCCAGAAACAUCCCCAAAUAUGACCUGCUGUACCACGACAUCUAGCCGUGAGUUCAAGAGUUGUAAAAGGGACAAUUCACACAAAAACCAACAUUUCCUCCUCAUUUACUUGCGCUUAAGUGUUUCUAAUCUUUGGAGUUUUUCCUUCUGUUGAACACAGAACAAGAUAUUUUGAAGAAUGUUGACAUCAAUUGUAGGAACAAAAAUACUAUUGAAGACAAUGGCUGUAUUUCUCCAGUGGAUCUUCAUUUGUGUUCAGCAGAAGAGAGAAACUCAAACAGGGAUUACAUGAUGGUAGAAUGAUCACUUUUAGGUGUACCGUCCCUUUAAGAGCGAUUGAAGAAGAGGAUGCAGGGUUUCCUGUGGAAACGAGGAUCUGAUGUAUUUAUAAUAACAGCUUUGUGUUGUGAAAUAUUUGUAAGUUUUCAUAAUAAAGCUCUGUGUUUUUACUGCUAA